CGGACGCGGAAGCGACUCGAACGGCUGUGGUGGCACGCAAACGAAACCCGGCAGGAAUGCCGUGCCGGCCGGUGGCGACACAGCUUGGUGGCCACGGCCACGAGAGAGAGAACAACGGGCACGGCCGGCGACGCAGCCAAACAAAAUUCACAAUCGAUACACCGUACAGCAGCAACACAGAUGCCGAACAAAAGGAUAGAAAGACACACACACACACACACACACACCGGCCACGACACAAUCUUUGUUUCCUUCUAGUUGUGGGUUUGCACGUGUUUUAUUAGUUUGUUUCGUAUCGUUUCGCUUCGCUUCGUUUUUCGCUUUUUUGAGUCUUGCUACAACUCAAAGGCGGGGAUUUCCUUGCCCUCCACGGCCACCUGCGAGGCGAUCGACGGAUCGACGGCGGUCAGGACCCUCCGCUCGGUCCUCGGCGAGUCCAUCGCCCUCACCACCAGGUCCGCCACGUCCUCGCGGUGGAUGCUCCCGAUCGCGGUGGUGUCCUCCGUCAGGACGGCCUCCCCCGUCGCCGGCUCGCUCACCAGGCCGCCGGGACGGAUGAUGCUCCAGUUCGAGUUGGUGUACCACUCGAUCAGGACGUUCUCGGCCUUUUCCUUGGCCGAGAGGACGUCCCUGAGGAUCUCAAAGACGUGGGGGGGGGCCGCGGCCUUGCUCGAGCCGCUGUGCCGUGAACGGGCAUGGCAUGGCAUUGUAUUGGAUUGUAUUGCAUUGGAUUGUAUUGCAUUGCGAGCGGACCAACGGGGCCGGAUCCAUCGAUUCGACAAACCACAAAAGGAAAAAAAAAAUGUUGUGAGAAAAAAAAACAGCAAAGGAAUGGUUCCAGACUCGCGAUAGCCCGCGUUUGGCCAUCGCCACACAGCACCGCACCACACCACAACGCCCCGCUGCGCUGCCCAAAACAAAAGCACAACCCGGUUCGCACGCAUUCGUGCUGCAGUCACUUGCCAUCCGACGCUCGUCACCAGCAGGAUUCUCUGCACCCCCAGGAUCCCCGCCGACUCGAUCACGUUGUUGUUGCCCUCGUAGUCGACCCGCCGGUCGUCCGUGGUCCCGCCCAGCGUCGUGAUCGCCGCGUCGCAGCCGUCCAUGGCGUUCUCGACGUCCUUCUGCACGAGGGCGUCCCCCAGGACCGCUUUGACGCCCGGCAGGGACGAGAGUUCCUUGGCGCUCUCCUCCCUCCGGACCAGGGCCACCACCUCCGUCCCCCUUUCCGAGAGCUUCUCGACCACCGCGUGGCCGACGCCCCUCGAGCCGCCGGCCACAAAGACCUUUUGGUACGCCGAGAGGCUGCUGCUGCUGCUUCCGGGACGCGGCCGGUUCGCAACCGCGGCGAAUCCAUGGAUCGGCCGCGUGUGGGAAAGGACGGAGACGAACCACAGGGAGCAAAGCAGCUCGAAACACAGCUUCCGUCUGCUCUUCGACUGUCCCGACAUUGUUUUUGGGUUGGUUUCCGGUUGCCAGUAUCUCCGGUAGAGCUGUUUUUGUUUUGUUGUGAUUGUGAUUCACAAUGCGCACUGUAUGCCGCCAAAGGUGUCGGUUUGUGCCUUGGCUGGUUGGUUUGGUGCCGCAACAACCACGCGCAAAGAGGUACGGUACGGUACUUUGUGUCAACUUUCGCGGUGAGAAGGCGAGGCAGAGACAACAUCGUGACCGUCGGUGAUGACAUACCGGUACAAGUACUACCACCAAAGAACAAAGGAGUGUCAAUCCGAGACGAACAAACAAACAAACAAACAGAAAGAUACACGACGCGGCAGCAUGGUACCGGUACGUACGCGUACGUACGCACGGUACGUACAUCACCCACGGCGAGGCAGUAGGUAUCACCAUCACCAACGCAACCCCGUCCAAUCAGUGGGCACGAGAACCAGCAUGGACUACGUACGGUAUGCCCCCCAAACCCAAACUUUUUGGGACUCGAAAAAUAAGGAUGAGCUCCUGCCCAGCAUCCCCCCCCCCAAGAAAAAAAGGGAUAGGCAAGGUAGGUCUGUCCCUCUUCCGAAUGCGACCAAAAUCAUCGCAAAAGAGACACAAAGAGGCGAUCGGAUCGAUACACAGUCAAAUGCGACAAAAGCAAAAGCACAAGAAGCAACAACAAUACAUCGACGUCCGCUCUCUCGUCUUUAUCACUCCAAAAGAACAUUCGUUGUUAUUCCAACCCAAAUCACGUCCUCACGCCAACAUUUUAUUCCAUCAUGCCUCCAAAACGAGUAAAGAAGGUAAUGACAUUGCCCAUCAAUGUUAUUUUUGGGCACUUGCAGGUAAGACGAACGUUCACCGAUGAUGCGGUGUGGAAGUUUUGCAUCGUGUUUGCCGUGAACUUGGAUCUUUCAUCCUGAAAUGUGCUCACCCAUUUGAUGUUUCUCGCCUUUCGCGUUUCCAAUAUAUCCUUCGAUGGAUUCAUGCAUUUGCCGUACGUACGUGACACAUUUUCCGAUUCGUACCAAAAAGAAAAAAACAAGAGUUCGAAUUUGGUUGUACGAAGAUACGAAGACGCAAAUAGAGGGGCAAAUCAUUGGAUUCGACGAAUACAUGAACAUGACCCUGGACGACGCGGUAGAAAUCGGAAAAACACGAAUCGAGGUCGGAAGAAUCUUGUUGAAAGGGGACGCCAUUACGGCGAUACAGGAAGCAAAUCCAGUAAAGAAGGAGUGAUGGGACAAAGAGCAAACACACCGAGAAAGUUGAAAUUUCCGUGAAACACCUGGAAUUAUUUUGGUUGUUGUUUUUUCGGACCGUUCGAUUGCGCUGGAUUCUGUGCCGUGGGCUCAAUUCCCGCUUUGUUGAAGAUUUGGCAGGACAGCUCUCGGUUGAGAAAAUCUGUUUCUUGCCAAAACACAAAGAAACAUUCAACAAUCAGUUCUUCCGAUAAAACUUAUGAAUGUGCUGCAUCAGUGGGCAGACGCUAGCACGAGACGAUGCAUAUAAUACUAACACUGAAAUGAAAAUGAAAAUGAACACUACAAGUAAUGCGUUACCGAUUCCAUUUAUUUUUGACUUUCGGUUGCACAAAAGGGCACGCAAAUGCAUAGCUUAUGUGCAGAAGCCAUGAUGAGUUUGAGUCGAUUCCGAUCGCAUCCAAGCGGUAGAUGAAUGCAGUCGGGAAAUCGUGUUCUUUGUAUGGGUAGCUAGGACACCGCAUCUUGUUUUCUUUUUUCAACUAGUCCAUUUUGAGGUCAUCUGGGUUCACUCCCAUAGAUCGCAUCACGUUUUGCCCUAGCGGACUGUCCAUGACCGUUGUAAUUCCUCCAUCGGCACCCGAGGGAGGCUUCGUUCCGAACAAGAGGUUGAUGUAAUACUUUACCGCAAGACCGGUCAGGACAUAGACGAAGAAAAACGAGAAGGCUUGUUUGGGAUGCAUGCUGGUGGCGUCGGCCAGUGCUUCCGUCGCCAGUAGUUCUCUCCAAUCCAAUCCCCGGCACGUCAUUCGGCUCACGAAAUCAUAAGGCACAAAUGGCAGUACUCCCAUUACCUUUGGAGUAGUACCGAUGAAGAAUAGGACAAUUCGAUGUGAGUGGGUUUCAAAAUUGCAAAUCACCAACUAGAAAACAAUCUCUUCCUCUUGUCACCGUAUGUGGCUUCUUAUUCAUAACAAAACUGACCUUUCCCUUGUGUUCCGUUCCCAGAAUUCUCAGCAAAAUAAUGAAAAAAAUCGACGAGAGCAUGUUGGGGGCAAAAUGGCGUCUUGCUACGUCGGCACAGGCCGUCGAGUAAUCGGCCUUGGCUCGAUCGUACUUCUUGCGGUGCUUUUCCGAUUUCUUUAGAUCGGCGUCGGCCUUGUCGAGUUUCGUUUUGAAGCGGUCCAUCGUUCGCAGAGAUCGUUGGUACGGAUCGUUUUGGUAUACUAAAUAAUUCGACAAGAGCUCGAUGAUCAGUUGGCAGACCCCGACCGUAACAACAAUGCUUGAAAUUUCGGAUGCCGUCAUUGUUGAAAUUGAAAAUAGUGCGUCAAUUUGUUCGUGGUGUGAAAGGCUUUGGCGACUGUUGGGAAUAAUACGAGAAGCUAUCGACAAGAUUCUGAAUGUGUCCUUGACGGUACGGUUCAACAACAACCCGCAGUUGUUAUUUUACUGUAUUGUUGUCACGAGAUGGUUCGUUUGGUCCUAAUUUUUUGUUUACUGUGCCGUACAGUAGAUCGAUAGAGCAACACAACCCUCUUGUGACAGAUCUCAGGAUCCGAUUGGAAACUUUUGGUCCCCUUUUUGCCGAUUUUCGAUUUCCUGAACAAAAAGUUGUCGUUCAGUUUUCGGGAAUGACCCAUAAACCAUACCGGUAAGUAAAGAAGCUAUUAGCUAUCCUACUGUAGAUACAGCAUCAUCAUUUUUCACUUUGAGGGAAAACCGAAUCAAGUCGUGACCCCCAUUUCAAAACAGGCGCAAAAAAAGUACCUUAACUACA